AUGUCUCCCUUCGUAUCUAAUGGAGCCGGUCUUUUAGGGACAUGCGGCAUUUUUGGCUUACUGCUUUUUAUUUUGCAACUAUGGAAAAAGAAAACACGGCCCAGCAUCAAGACAAAAGUCAUACUUAUCACUGGUGCUACUUCAGGUGUUGGAAAGGCAUCUGCAGAAUUGUUUUACAUGGCUGGAUGCAGAGUCAUUCUUGCUGCCAGAAAUUUGGAACAUUUGAAAAAAAUCCAACAAGAAUUUUACAGUAAGAAAAAGGGUGGCAUUCCCGCCCCACCAGCCAUUUUGCAGUUAGAUUUGUCUAAUCUGGCAUCAAUUCCAGAGAAGGUGACACAAGCAAUAAGUUUCUAUGGUCAAAUAGAUGUUCUUAUUAAUAAUGCUGGCCAGAGUUACAGAGGCCGGGUGGAGGACACCUCUUUGGAUGUUGACAUCAGACUUAUGACAGUCAACUAUCUUGGACAUGUGGCUAUCACUAAAGCUGUGCUUCCAUACAUGAUAAAGGAAGGCGGAGGACAUAUUAUUGGUGUUAGCAGCAUCCAAGGAAAAAUCUCUAUCCCCUAUCGUUCAGCUUAUUCAGCUUCCAAACAUGCAUUCCAGGCAUUUUUUGAUUGCCUUCGAGCAGAAGUAUGUGAUAAAAACAUCACAGUCAGUGUUCUAAGCCCAAGUUACAUCAAAACUAACCUUUCUUUGAAUGCUUUAAAAGCAGAUGGAACACAAUACAAUGUGAUGGACAAAACAACAGAACAAGGAAUGAGUCCCGAAUAUGUAGCAAAGAAGAUCUUAGACACAGUGUUGUACAAGCAGCAAGAUAUUUGCCUCACUCCACUACACCACAAAAUUGCUGUUUUCUUGCGUGCAGUUUUUCCAAAUCUCUUUUUUAAGCUGAUGGCAUCCAGGGCUUUAAAACAACGUUCGGAAUAUUGCAAAGUUGAAUAA